UAGGGCAACUAACGCACCGAUAUCCUUAGCAUUGAAUGCAAGAGCUUUCGCUAACUUUGUUUUGGUGUAUAAAAUACUUCAACUUUCUACAUUUAGAACCAAAAAAAGUAAUGCUGCUAAUAAAAUAACAGGACAGCUCGAACGUGAUACUGGCAGCAACUAGAUCUAAUUGGAUGUGAUAUGAGAUGAAUGUGGCAGACAUGAGAUUACACUGUGAGAUUCUCUGUGGCUUGUCUUUGGUCGCGUGGGCCAUUGCAGGCGUGAUAGACAGCCAGAUGACUUCCGGGCUGGCCUCGGAGCCGGGUGAAAGAUUGAGCGAAGGCCAGAACAGGUUUGGACGUGAUCAACAAGCGAAACUCCGACAUAAAAGAGCGGAGGGCCAGGCGGUCCAGCAGGAGGUUCAAGGCGGAGUCGUGGGUAAGAGGUUGGAAGAGGUCAAGCCUGGACUGGAGACGGAUACUGACGAUCCAGAAAGUGUCUUCCAUACUAUCGAUGAGCUCAAGGCUAUGAAACCCGGGGCCGGCGUCCAGUGGCGGGACCAUAUGCCCAUCGCUGGCAACGCCAAAAGCAGCGAGCUGAAGAGACGAAAGAGACGAGGAACCUCCAAAGACAUGGUUGGUUUUGCCGGCGCCAUGGACGCCAGUCAGAAGAAGGAUGCAAGCAAAGUCAAUUUUAAGGCCGAUGUCGCCUUGGAUAGAAGUCCCCAUGGAGGAAGUCAGGAGAUCAAAAAACUACACAAAAAGAAGCUGAUUGCUAAAAGAAGCCUUGAGGCUCAUGGGCUGAAGAAGAUGGAACAAAGAGCAAGAAGAAGCUCUAAGUUUCAAAAGAGUGACGAUGAAGACUCUGGUUUGUCUGGCGCAAAAAGAGCAACGUCUCUCAAGCGAUUAGUUGGCAGCAGAUCAAAUAAAGCGACACCCAUACAAGAAAUGCAUUCUGCUGAAAACACAAAGCUGACAAAUAUGAGGUUUUUGAGCCGAAAUAUAAGGUCUGGGCACGCCCCGAUUCACCGAGAGGAUUCAAACACUUUGCCAUUGGAAAGGAAUAGAAGACGGACCAGAGAUGAUGAUAACGAGGAGGACAAAGAUGAUGAGGAUGAUGACGACGAUAACGACAAUGAGGAAGAUGACGAUGGGGAUCGACGUAAGAGGCAAGCGCGUAAAGACUCUAAGACCAACCAUUCGGAAAACAAUCGCACUCUCGCCAGGAGUAAAAGACCGCGGAGCAAUGACGCCCAAAAAGCAAGCACCCGGGCCGGACUACGUCAGCUUCUGGCGGAUGUUGAAUCAAUCUCAGUGGACGACGAGUCAACGUUUGAUGCAAUGAGCUCGCCCAACCUGGACAACUCCCCAAAUCAAGUUCCGGAAAUCUUUGACCAUCAAAGACUUAAUCCCAUCAAAAGGAGAAAAAGGCAGUCGGGCAAUGCGGAUGACAGCGUGGACGAAAAUUUGGUGACAGAACAGCGGCAAGGUGCAAGCAAGCGGCUAACCAUUCGGGGCACACGCUUCCAGCCUAGAGUGGUAGCCGGAGAGCCCAUCAGCAUCCCAGCUUCGUCUGAUCUCAAUGCCGUGCCACAGCAAGGAAGCAGGUUUAAGAGAUCGCGGUCGAGAAGUGAUGAUGACGAUGAGGAAGACGACGAGGAUGAAGAAGACGACGAUGACGAUGGUGACUCCAAGAGAAGGAAAAGAGGGAUCGAGAUCCCUUUCAAGUCUCUUUCAAAUAAAAACAAAGAACAAACUCUAAAAGGCGCUUCCGAAACGGACCUGACGCACAAGUCCAAAGCUCAAAACGACACACCGUCUCCACAGCGUAUUCUUGCCAACAUAACAAAAACCCUGAACAAUACAACAUCCUCACAGCGUAUUCCAUUUAACAGAACUGAUAUCAAUGCGAAUCAUGGGCUAGAACGAUUCAUAACGAUCUUGAAUAGAUUCAAACUUCCUAACGAUUUGACAGGAAGCGUUGAAAAAUCCUGGCAAUCUGUAUCCAACGUCACAUUGGGUGACAUUGGUAAAAUAGUGCAGCAGUUAAUGCGGCUUAAGCGACAUGCUGGCGACUUCAAGGAUGACCCUAGAAAUGAGGGCAUUGCAGAUGGAGAGAAUAGCAGAACGGAAGACACGGUACCAAUGACCAAAAGAUCUUCGGCCAACAUCGGAGUCGAUCAGCCUGUACCUGGGAACGUUUCCACGACCGAAGUCAAUGUCCAAGAUGACCUCAAUGUCAAGACUCUACUAAAUGCUGUGAAAGAUAGCAAGCUGCCAAGCAAAGUUGAAGAUGGCAUUGAAAAGACAUUAAAGCUUCUGACCAACAUGACUCUUAAAGAAAUUGGUUCACUUGUGCAAGACUAUAUGCAGAAAUUUAGGCUUAAAAGGAGUUCUGCAAAUGAGGAUAGUCUUGGUCAAAACGCCCCUGGGGGCUCGCCUCAGAAUCUUUCAAAUGAAGAAGAAAGCGUUUGGCGACAAAUUCAUCGGCCAGCUGGUGUCCAAGCAAAGGUAGAUGCGUCGCUUAGUGAAGCAAUCAACGAAACCGACUUUGAUAAUUUUAGGCAAAUCUUUCGACAGCAUUUGAAAGUUAAAAGAGAAGCCAAUCAGAUAAACGCUAAUGAUACUCACAAAGAGGGUGAUAAAAUCACUUCCAGAAAUCAAAUCGGUGCUGAUUUGGGAGCAUUGGCUGGCACGAGUAAUACAGCAAACAAAACUAACGAACUGCCCUCGGGAAACAAAAACACGCUUAAAGACUUUGGCGAGAUCUUGCAACUCCUGGAGCUGGUGGGAAUGUUUGCCAAGACCGAGGAUUUGAAGGAUGGCAUGGACACAACGUUAAAGUCUCUGUCCAAUGUCACGCUGGGGGACGUUUUUAAAUUUUUGAAAAGCGCACGACAAGAGAUUAGACUUAAGCGAGAAUCUGAGGACGAGGAUGAUUAUGAUAAUAGAGAGGAUGACAAUGAAGAGAACGAUGAAAUCCAGGAAACGUAUGAAGACGAUAACAGACAAGAGGAGAGGUCAGAAGAGCUCGUUGACCAGGAACAAGCUGAGCCAACGUCACAAGCUGGUGCUGACGAGGAUGACAGCGGUCAAGAAAGGGGUGAGCGUGGAUUGAGUGGCCGAAGUCACAAGUUAUCUGAAAUACAGAGCAGUCCACCUCUUAUAACUGACCCUCCUAAAGAUAUUAGGGCUGAGCUGGUCAGUCUUCAAGAGGAAGAGGACAAAGAAAUGGCUAUAUCUCCAACCCUGUCACCUCGAAAGAAAAUUCUGGACUCCUCAUUGCGAGAGCUCACGGCCAAGCUUGAUAAAAUUGAAGAUGAUCUGAAAAAGAAAGAAGCCAUACAGAGAGCGACGAUGGCCAAACGGUCUAUUUCCGCUAGCAAAGUUGGCAACAGUGGUAAAAAUGAUAAGCUUGGCAUCCCCGAUCUAAAUAAUUUGACCCCAGAUAAAAAUGCAGACACAUCUGAUGAUUUGACUAAAAAUGUGAAUAACGGAAUGUAUUUAUCAAGCACUAAAGAAUUCGACACAGAAGACAAUGAAAGUAAUACCCAGAUAGAAAAGGAGUACGCAGCAUCUGGGGAUUACGAAACAAUUAGAGUUGGCAAGCUCCCAGAAUGGAUGCUGAAGAUGAACGAAAUUAUCGCAGGAAUUAACGGCGAUAUUAAACAUAUGGAGGAAAUAGGUGGCGUCAAAACGUAUGCGCUACGUGAUACGAAAACCGGAAGUGAUAUCGAGAGCAGAAAUAACAAACCAAACAAUGUGCUAAAAGAUCUCAGAGCCAAGAGAGACAAUCCUCAACGAAUGAAUACAAUUCGUAAUAAAAGCCCACCCAAAACUGAAGGCAAUGACGUGUCACAUACGUCAAUGAAAUCCCACCCAGUCGAUCAAAAACUAGCUCAGGCCGUGAAAAUGACAAUCACAAAAACGUCAAGCAGGAAGGCUGCCAACUUCACUGAAUCUGGGCGCGAGCAGAUGAGAACGGCCAAGCUAUCAAAGCCGUCUAUGCUUGGGGAGACUGGAGCGAAUGCAGCGCCUCUUGUGGAAUCGGGCAGCGCUUCCGGUCCAACAGAUGUGCAGACGGCCAACCAUGCUUAGGGAAAGCUGCCAGCAAUGAGGUUGAGGUGUGCUCAAACAAGGAUUGCUAGAGAAUCAAGCUUGUGUGAUUUUGUGUCGAUCUCCUGCAUUUAAAAUGGCAAGGCUGGACACUGAUAGGGCCUACAAUCGAAGGUGCCCAAAAUUUAAUGAGGCAAUUAGAGGCGUCCAUUGUUUGUUUCAUGCGCCUGGUAUUUAAAAGACAACGAAAACCUUUAAUAGGCCCCUGUUUUAUUGUUUCAAAUUGUAAUUGAAAAGUAAUUUGUAAUUAAAUUUUACUUUGUAACUAUUUAUUUUGAUAGAAUUCAUCUGUAUUCAUAUUUUCACAAUUUGUGAUGAUACACGAUUUUUGAAUUCAAAUAAAACAAAUUUUCAAUCUUU